UCCAGCGUCCACAGGCGGCGGAGCGGCCACAAUCACAGCUCCGGGCAGCGAGCGGGGCGCGAUCGCCCGGGCUGGCAGCGGCGCCCGCGCCCGGUCCCAUCCUCGCAGCGCUCGCGCACCGGGAAGUUUCGCGGCGGCGGCGCCCGGCCAGGGGCGCGCGCAGGAGGCAGCGGCCGACGCGCCCCGCAGCGCUGAGUGCGAGAAGAAAAGCAAGGCGGGGUGUGCGGUGGGGGAGAAGAAAAAACAUUAAAGUCAAGCCCACGGCUCGGGGGCCCACGCGCAGCCAUGGCCGGGGCCAUCAUAGAAAACAUGAGCACCAGGAAGCUGUGCGUGGUCGGCGGGAUCCUGCUGGCCUUCCAGGUCGUCGCCUUUCUGGUGGGAGGCUUGAUCGCUCCAGGGCCCACGACCGCGGUGUCUUACAUGUCUGUGAAAUGCGUGGAUGUCCGCAAGAAUCACCACAAGGCGAAGUGGCUGAUGCCAUGGGGACCCAACCACUGUGACAAGAUCCGACACAUUGAGGAAGCCAUCCCCAGGGAAAUCGAGGCCAAUGACAUCGUGUUCUCCGUGCACAUCCCGCUCCCCAACAUGGAGAUGAGCCCCUGGUUCCAGUUCAUGCUGUUCCUCCUGCAGCUGGACAUCGCCUUCAAGCUCAACAACCAGAUCCGAGAAAAUGCAGAAGUGUCCAUGGAUGUCUCCCUGGCCUACCGUGACGACACCCUUGCUGAAUGGACUGAAAUGGCCCACGAGAGAGUGCCAAGGAAGCUCAAGUGCACCUUCCCCUCCCCCAAGACCCCAGAGCACGAGGGCCGCUACUACGAAUGUGACGUCCUGCCCUUCAUGGAGAUCGGCUCCGUGGCCCACAAGUAUUACCUGCUGAACAUCCGGCUGCCCGUGAAUGAGAAGAAGAAGAUCAAUGUGGGGAUCGGAGAGAUCAAGGACAUCCGGCUGGUGGGAAUCCACCAGAAUGGAGGCUUCACCAAGGUGUGGUUCGCCAUGAAGACCUUCCUGACGCCCAGCAUCUUCGUGGCCAUGGUGUGGUACUGGCGCAGGAUCUCCAUGAUGUCCCGGCCCCCGGUGCUCCUGGAGAAGGUCAUCUUCGCGCUGGGCAUCUCCAUGACCUUCAUCAACGUUCCUGUGGAGUGGUUCUCCAUCGGCUUCGACUGGACCUGGAUGCUGCUCUUUGGGGACAUCCGGCAGGGUGUCUUCUACGCCGUGCUGCUGUCCUUCUGGGUCAUCUUCUGCGGGGAGCACAUGAUGGAUCAGCACGAGCGGAACCACAUCGCCGGCUACUGGAAGCAGGUUGGCCCAAUCGCUGUUGGCUCCUUCUGCCUCUUCGUAUUUGACAUGUGUGAGAGAGGCGUGCAGCUCACCAACCCUUUCUACAGUAUCUGGACCACGGACGUUGGCACGGAGCUGGCUAUGGCCUUCAUCAUCGUGGCCGGCAUCUGCCUGUGCCUCUACUUCCUCUUCCUGUGCUUCAUGGUGUUCCAGGUCUUCCGGAACAUCAGCGGGAAGCAGUCCAGCUUGCCCGCCAUGAGCAGGGUGCGACGGCUGCACUACGAGGGGCUGAUCUUCAGGUUCAAAUUCCUCAUGCUGAUCACUUUGGCCUGUGCUGCGAUGACUGUCAUCUUCUUCAUCGUUAGUCAGGUGACCGAGGGCCACUGGAAAUGGGGCGGUGUCACGGUGGAGGUGAGUAGCGCCUUCUUUACCGGCAUCUACGGGAUGUGGAACCUGUAUGUGUUCGCACUGAUGUUCCUGUACGCGCCGUCCCACAAGAGCUACGGGGAGGACCAGUCCCAUGGCGACCUGGGUGUCCACAGCGGGGAGGAGCUGCAGCUGACCACCACCAUCACCCAUGCGGAUGGGCCCACCGAGAUCUACAAGCUGACCCGCAAGGAGGCCCAGGAGUAGCAUAGGGGGGCUGCCCGCCGGGCCCUGCCCAGCCCCUCCUGCCUCCCAGCCAGGCCUUCUUGGACCUGCGGUGCGGACCCUGUCAGGCCGCCCCCUGAGCAGCUUCAGGAGGGUCCGGCAGCCCCUCACCAGGGCAAUGGGUCUGGUAAUAAACUCCAACAGACUCACGCUCCGUGGGCACCGUUACCUGGCAACGACGAUCACCAGGACUGGGAGCCGGCUGGGGGCCUCACGUGUGGGGUGUUCUUCCUGGGGUGCUUGGGCCGGAUGGGGUCUGUAUCGAGUGGAUGGUGACUCUUUUUAUUCCUGUUUUAGAUUCGGGGUAGAUUUUUAACAUUCUUUGCAGCCCAGGGUGUGCUGGUAUCUUGGCCCACUGUCCUGCUCUGCAGACACUUCUUUUCCCUAUUUAUACCCAGUAGCCUGCUGAGUUAAUAUUUAAGUUCUCCAUAGAUAUCUGUCCCUACUUUUAUGGCUUCAUACAAACUAAUUGAAUUUCAUGAGAAGGUCUAUUCGACCAGAGGCAUUUUCGCUUGGAAACCAAGUCUGUGUCUCUAGCACUAACCGACUGUCGGAUGUGACUUUAAAAAAAAUGUUUGCUUAACCACCCAGUAGGAUUUAUGGUAUUAAAUGGCCUUUGGGUCUGAAAAGCUUUUUUAA